CUAAUAACAAAAGUUCAAAUAUAUCUCUGCAAAUGUUCAACAGAAAAGAGAAGGAAAACGAGGAGGAAAAGACGAAGCAGAGAAGAGCUGCGGAGACUGUAUAAGCAGGCGGGAAACAAUUGACGAAAAGCAACGAUGGCGGACGAUUCAGAGAUGGCGUACAACCUCCAACUUGAAGAAGCCAUCGCCGCCUCCCUCCUCGACGCCACCGCCGCUCAGCCUCCAGCCACUGCCGCCUACGACGCCCUCAUUGGCUGGGAACAGGACGCCCUCGACGCCGAGGUGGAGGCCGAGCGUCUCCGCGUCGACCUCCUCCGCCAGGUCCACGACCGCGCCCUGGCCUGCGAGAUCAUGAGCGUGCCGGACGAGGAGUGGCUACAAACCGGCAACAAUUUGCACAGGCCGUUCGGAGAGGGCUCCUCCUUGUCGUCUUCGAAUGGGCAAAACUUCCAAUUCAAGGUUUAUGUCAAGGGUUUGGUGGAGCGAGGGGCGGGCGGAAUCGGCGUGGCUAUUUGCGACGGGAAUGAUGGUUUGCUGUUCGAGUUGAGUAAGGGUUUGAGCGGCAAAGAUCAGGAUAAGGAAUUGGUUGAUUUCAAAGCGCUGAUUGAAGGUCUUGAUGCUGCGGUGAUGCUUGAUUUGAAGAGGAUUACUGUUGUUACCGAUAAUCCUCUGCUCUGUCAACAUAUUACUGGAGAAAACACUCAAACGAUAAAAACUGCUGUCACAUUAUCUAGCCAGAUACAACUCCUAAGAAAAUUUACUAAGUGUCAUCCAUCUCUUGUUGCCUCUAAUGCCAAUAAGGCUGUCAAACUUGCAAGGAAUGCAAUUGCAUUUCAGGUUAAUCGUUCAGCAGGUAGUAGCAAUGGCAAGAAUCUGACUGAGCAAUGUACUAUUUGUUUAGAGGAUACUUAUGUGGAUCGGAUGUUCUUAAAUACAAGUUGUCGACAUAGCUACUGCUUUUUGUGCAUGUCGAAACAUUUUCAGUUUAAGUUGCUUCAAGGGAGGCUGCCUAAAUGCCCUCAUGAGAACUGCACAACUGAGCUGAUGUUUGUUUAUUAUGUCAUCAAAUAUUGUGCUUCUAUGAUGAAGAUCUCUCCUAAGAAAUCUGUAACAGCUUCCCUAAUAAUUGGCGCGAAAAUCGACGGCAACAUUUGCUACACUACGAUGGCGGACGACUCCGAUUUCGCUUUCAAUCUCCAGUUGGAAGAAGCACUGACCGCCUCCCUCCUCGACGGUACCAUUUCUUCCCCCAAUGCCGACGGAGUCACCUACGACGCCGUUUUCGGCCCCGUUCUGUCGGACGCCCUCCAGCGCGACGAUCUCUACAAGUACGAGUGUGAGCUCCUCAACCAGUACAGUACGCAGGCCGCGGAGAAGCGCCUCCGCCUCGACUUGUGCCGCCAGGUCCACGACCGCGCCUUCGCCUGCGAGAUUUCCAACAUACCGGAGGAGGAGUGGAGGAAAAUCGGGGAUGAGCUGCAGAAGCCGUACGGAGAAGGCUCCUCAUCGAGUGGGAAAUGUUGGGGAUUUAGGGUUUACGUCAAGGGUUUGGUGCAGGGGAUCGUGGGCGGCGUUGCGGUUGUGAUACGUGACGACAAUGGCGGAUCGGUGUUUGAAUUGAGCAAGGGAUUGAGCGGAAAAAAUCAGAUAAUUGGUGAAGAGAUGGUUGAGUUGAAAGCUUUGAUUGAAGGACUUGAAGCCGCCGUGAUGCUGGAGUUAAAGAGGGUUACCAUUGUUACUGAUAAUCGGUUGCUGUACUUGCAUAUCACUGGCAAAAACCGGGAGAUCAGGGAAACUUUUGCUGUGCUAUCUAACCAGAUAGAUCUUCUUCUGCGGAAAUUAGGCAAUCCCGGUGCAUCUUUUGUAACUCGCCAUGAUAAUGUGUUUGCUGUUGAACUUGCUAGGGAGGCAAUUGCAUUUGAGGUCAAGCGAUCAGCAGGAAGCAGUGGCACAAAGAAUCUGAUGAAGACAUGCACAAUAUGUUUGGAAGAUACAGAUGUGGAUCAGAUGCUCUUAAUUGCAGGUUGUCUGCAUAGCUACUGCUUGUCAUGUAUGUCAAAAUAUGUCCACUAUAAGUUGCUUCAGGGCAUUCUACCUAAAUGCCCCAAUGAGAACUGCAAAUCUCUGUUGGAACUUGAUAGUUGCAGAAAAUUCCUGACUCCGGAAUUGUUCGACAUAAUGUGCCAGCGUGUGAAGGAAGCAUCAAUCCCACCAGCGGAGAAAAUUUAUUGCCCCUACUCAAGAUGUUCUAGUUUGUUAUCGAAAACAGAGCUUCAAGGUUCCAAGGGUGAUGCGAUUGAAGUAUUGGGUUGUAGGAAGUGCUCUCAUUGUGGUGGCCUUUUCUGCAUCAAUUGCAAAGUCCCUUGGCAUAGUAAUAUGAGCUGCUCUGCAUUUAAAACCGGUAAUCCCAGCUCCAGUAAUGAAAAGAAACUGAAGUCAUUGGCUACUAAGAAUCUCUGGCGUCAAUGUCCCAAGUGCAGCCAUAUGGUUUCACUUUCUGUAGGAUGCUACCACAUUUACUGCAGGUGUGGGCACGAGUUUUGCUAUACAUGUGGAGCAGAAUGGCGAAACAAGAAAGCUACAUGUCGUUGUCCUAUCUGGGACGAGCACAACAUCGUAUAUGAUAACUAAGAUUGAGAAGAAGCAAGAUAGAGUGUGAUGCUCGGUGCUUCUACGCUCCUUGUUCCUUGGUAAAGAUCACUUUUUGGCAGGCUGACUUUCUUUUUUCAAGAUUAGAAUCUGAUGGAUAUAACAUACUCAUCCAGAUGUUUUUGUUUUGUUUUGUUUCGUUUCCUGCGCAAUUUUUGUGUAAUUGUGCUGCACAUUUUGGAAAUGUGGAUACGCUUGGCUUCUAGUUUCAUAGUAUUCAA